AUGGAGUACAACAUCGGAGUUUUGCGAGCAUUGCUUCAUAUAGUUUUGCUGAGGCCUUUAAGCAAUUCGUUAGGAAUUUGUCCACUCUUGGUUGAUCCUGGUUGUGGUACAGCACUUUUGAACUCGGACCAGGAGCUCUUCCGUGCGAAACUUCGCCAGCUACCACAGGCAGCUGCUGGCGCUCGGCUUGGCUGCUACCGCGAGUUGCGCGGUAGGCUCUGGUCUGCAGGGCCUUUGGAGGAGGAGAUCGAGAUCCUGCUCUGUCGGUGGCAAGAGAAGUCAGAAGGUGAUGCUUCGUAUCCCUUGAGGACCUACUUCGACAAGCUGAAGCUUUGGUACCGGAUUGCCAAUGUGGAGGAUGAAGCCAUCGGUCCACUGGUGGCUGGACGACUCUAUGGUCGAGCAUCCACGAUCGCCAUGUCUUUGAGAGUGCCAAGGCCAGACGGCACCUUCGAUGUUGGCGAUGCAGCGCUGGUUCGACUAGCUGUUGAUGAAGUCCGCGACCCAGCGACCAAUGUGAUCAUCCAGAACCACAUCCCCUCAGGAGUGCAAUUCCUGGCCAAUGCACUCCGCACGGCGUUCGGUCAGCAAGACCAAGAUCUGGCGACACAAGCACUGGACAAGUUCUUUGGCCUUGCAAGAGGAAAGCUCAGCCUGUCCGAAUACAGCGUCGAGUUCGACAGCCGGUACGAUGAUGCUCAUGACAGAGCUGGACUGCAGUUGAACGAUGUUGGCAAGUUCUUCCUAUGGUUCAAGAACUCUGGCUUGCCAUCCAAGACGGUUGAUGACAUCAAACUGCAGGUUGCUGAUCCUCAUGAAGAGAAUGAUGAGUCCUAUGGCGACUACGACGCCUACUACCAGGACUGGGGCGAUGACUAUGAGGCCGAGGAUUCAUGGUGGUAUGGCUAUGAGGAGGCCGAUGAAGGUGAAUGGGUCUAUGAGGAGUACGCCAACGACGAGAACUACUACGAGAACCAUGAUGCCAGCGAUGAGUCAUGGCAAGAGGUGGACCUUGAGGCUGGCAUGACAUCUGGUUCAGCAAGCGACUCCAAUGUCUCGGGCGAGUACAACGAAGCCUAUUACAAAGGAAAAGGCCACUACUACGCCUACCAGGAGGAGGACAACUACAAGCCUCGUGGUGGUCUGUCGAUCAGCGAAGGCAUUCCUGAUGCCUCAACUCCGCAAGAAGUUGCCACAAGCUCCAAGGAGGUCAAGACGACCAAGAAGGCCGAGAGCUUCGUGAUCCACACGUCAUCCGAGGAUGAGGACUUCAAGAAGCCAACUGAGGGAUAUUCAGGUCAGCCUGAGUAUACUACGAAGGAUCACUAUGACAAGAAGCUCAAGAUGAACUUCAUGGUCUUCAACAUGAAGAAAGAAGAGACACAGAUGAGCUACCAUACCAUCCAUGGGCAAGAACGCUAUGGUUUGCUCAUUGAUCCCGGAGCUGCAUCCGGGCUGGUUGGUAGCGAGACCCUCAGAAUGCUCAAGAGUUGCUCCCUGGGCGAGAUGGAGAUCAACCGCAACAAGAUCACUCCAGUUUCCGGCAUUUCAGGAAACAGCGAGUCAACUCUCGGAGAGGUCACGUUGACCAUGGCGACCGCAGGACAACCCAUCACCUACACGGCGGAGGUCAUUGGUGGAGCUGGAAGCCUAUGCCCAGCACUGGUUGGCAACCCGACUCUUCGUCGAUUGGGUGCAUCAAUCUUGACAGAUUGGUUUGAGAAUGGUGAUGGUAUGCUUGUUCUGAACACCAAGGACGCCAUGGAUGCAGAGGUCAAUCACGCGAAGUUCUUUAGGAUCCUGCUCACAGAUUCUGGACACUACAUCUUGCCUUGUGACAACGUUCAGAACGAGAAGGUUCCAAGAGCUUCGAAGCACGAGGCCAUCGCUUUCUUCCAGAAGAUCACCGAGAUCACUUCGAAAGUUUGGCCUGACGUGCAACCACGGGUCAGACACUGCUUCCAUUCCCAGACGGCGGCAGAGGAUGACCGGUGUGAUUACAAUCGUGAACAUGAACGAGACACAGGCCCAAUGAAGAGGCAAGAUCAUGAUGUUGGUUGUGAUCAUUUGGCUUGCGAGAAUGGAGAAGAAGAUGAACUACGGAAUCCUGUUCCUUCCAGGAAGAUUCACUUCAUUGAUGAGGAACAGCAGAAGAAGUCCGAGGAGCCCUACGACCUCAUGAACAGCGAGAAGAACAAGAGCCUAUCACCAAUUGCAGAAGAGCGCGACUCCGAGGACGAAGUUUCACCAUCAGCCAUUUUGGCAGAGCAGUGCACGAAGAACGACAAGAGCAAAGAGCCUGCGAAGAAUUCAAACCACUUGAUCAACGAGCACCCUGCCGGACCUGCCAUUUUGGCCCCGGCAAUUCAUGAUGAACAAGGCCUACGUGAGGCAAGCUAUGAUGAAGAGAAGAACGUCUUCCUCAGCUACACUGGCGAUAUGAUCCCCGAGACGGCAGAUCAAUUGCGGCAUCUACGAAAGAUCCUGAUGAGAAGAUGUGUGAACGUCUACAAGAUAGACCAGCACUACAACUAUGUCAAGAUCUUUCUGCGCGACAAGAUGCCAAUGGCCGCGGAGCUCUAUGAGGGCGUGGAGAUCAAGAACCUUACCAGCAAAGCGCUCUCCGUGCCAACUACACACAUGCUCAAGAAGCUCCUCCUCGAAACCAUCAAUGCCACUAUGGGUGUCUUCAAUGAAGCAGCAAGGAGAAAGAUCGACUAUGUUCACUGGCUGGACAAUCCUAUGCUUAUGAGCCUCUUCAAGGAGUUCUUCAAGGACCUGAUCCAAGUCAAAGCAGUGAAGAUUUAA